AUGACGGGACAUAUCGAUAUUGCCAGACCGACCCACACCGACACGCACACGGAUCGAGUAAGAAUUCCCGUGGCAGCUACUGCUGCUGCUGCUACUGCUACUGCUGCUACUGCUGCUACUGCUGCUGCUGUUGCUCUAAGCGAUGGGAUAGACGCAUGUUAG